GUGAGUCGCACAUGCCGCUGUCGACUCAGCUUGAGUUGACGUUGUCUACAAAUUCCUUGUGUACUGAACUUUCUCGAACAGUGUGCAUAGGCUAGGCAACACAUAACUCCAAACUCAGAGACUCUGUAUAUCACUGAAAUGAAUAAAGCAAGUUUUCAGUUUGUACAUCCCGAGGAACUUCCCAGACUUGUUGAGCUGGAACAAUUGGACCAUGUAACUGUGUGUCAGAACUUGCCUGUCAGUGCACGACGAAGUGGCCACAAAACUGGCUGUGAGAGUUGGAAAUGUGCAUGGGCUCCAGAUCGAUCAUAUUUAGCUUGGUCAGCUGGUCACAGCUUAGUCCAUUUGCUGCCAUGGGAUGUUGAAAAGCAAAAAAAGCACAACCCUAAUCAUAUGGAUGGUUUGCAAGGGCGAAAUUAUCAUGUGAUUGAUACUGGAGAGUUGGUGCAUUCAGUAGCAUUUGGAAUUACAUCAAACACAGUCAAAAAGCAGCGAUGGAUGUAUCAAAAUUUGACCAGCACAGUGGUGCUUGCAACAGGACACAAAUCAGGUCGUAUUAAGCUGUGGAACUGUGAAACUGGGUCACUACUGUUGGAACUUAUUGAUCAUAAAGAUGUGGUUCGUGACAUGCAUUUUGCAACCGAUGACAGUCUGCGCCUUGUCUCAGCUUCACUGGAUGGCUACAUCAAAUUGUGGGAAUUUGAUGAAAAAGGAGACUGCAAUUUAUAUCGCUCUUUAAAAUCCAACACAAAACAUGUAUUUGGUUGCAGAUGGUCUCCAAACAUGAAGUUUAUUGCUGCUGUUGGGAGCACGAAAGUGGUGCUUUUGUUCAGUGUAGAAGGACGUGAUUGUCCCAAACAGAUGGCGUCUGGAAGAGGACACACCAUGAUGUCGUAGCUGUGACUUUCAUCGGGAU